ACGAGGCAGCCAGCGCGGCCAUGACGGCGGAGAAGGCGCUGCCUCUGGGCAACGGGAAGGCUGCCGAGGAGGCGCGGGAGUCGGAGGCGCUGGGAGGCGGCGGCGGGGGCGCGGCGGCCGCGCGCGACCCGCGCGACAAGCGCGACAAGGCGGUCCACGAGCGGGGCCAGUGGAACAACAAGGUGGAGUUCGUGCUGAGCGUGGCCGGGGAGAUCAUCGGGCUGGGCAACGUGUGGCGCUUCCCUUACCUGUGCUACAAGAACGGAGGAGGGGCGUUCCUGAUUCCCUACGUGGUGUUUUUUAUUUGCUGUGGAAUUCCUGUUUUUUUCUUGGAAACAGCUCUGGGACAAUUCACGAGUGAGGGUGGCAUUACGUGUUGGAGGAAAGUUUGCCCUUUAUUUGAAGGCAUCGGCUAUGCAACACAAGUGAUCGAGGCCCAUCUAAAUGUAUACUACAUCAUCAUCCUGGCAUGGGCCAUUUUCUACCUAAGCAACUGCUUCACUACUGAGCUCCCCUGGGCCACCUGUGGGCAUGAGUGGAACACAGAGAAUUGUGUGGAGUUCCAGAAACUGAACAUGAGCAACCACAGUCAUGUGUCCCUGCAGAAUGCCACCUCUCCCGUCAUGGAGUUUUGGGAGCGCCGGGUCUUGGCCAUCUCAGAUGGGAUCGAGCACAUUGGGAACCUCCGCUGGGAGCUGGCUUUGUGUCUCCUGGCAGCCUGGACCAUCUGCUACUUCUGCAUCUGGAAGGGGACCAAAUCCACAGGAAAGGUUGUAUAUGUCACAGCGACAUUCCCGUAUGUCAUGCUUCUGAUUCUCCUGAUCCGAGGCGUCACUUUGCCCGGGGCCUCUGAGGGGAUCAAGUUCUAUCUGUACCCCGAUCUCUCGCGGCUCUCUGACCCACAGGUCUGGGUAGAUGCUGGGACGCAGAUCUUUUUCUCCUAUGCCAUCUGCCUGGGUUGUCUGACGGCUUUGGGAAGUUAUAACAAUUAUAACAACAACUGCUACAGGGACUGCAUCAUGCUUUGUUGCCUCAACAGUGGCACCAGCUUCGUGGCUGGCUUUGCCAUCUUCUCAGUCCUGGGCUUCAUGGCAUAUGAACAGGGGGUGCCCAUUGCCGAGGUGGCAGAGUCAGGCCCUGGCCUGGCCUUUAUUGCUUACCCCAAGGCUGUCACCAUGAUGCCUCUCUCCCCACUGUGGGCCGCCUUGUUCUUCAUGAUGCUCAUCUUCCUGGGCCUGGACAGCCAGUUCGUGUGCGUGGAAAGCCUUGUGACCGCUGUGGUGGACAUGUACCCCAAGGUCUUCCGGAGGGGCUACCGCCGGGAGCUGCUCAUCCUGGCUCUAUCCAUCGUCUCCUAUUUUCUGGGCCUUGUGAUGCUAACAGAGGGCGGCAUGUACAUCUUCCAGCUCUUUGACUCCUAUGCUGCCAGUGGGAUGUGCCUUCUCUUUGUGGCCAUCUUUGAGUGUGUCUGCAUCGGCUGGGUGUAUGGAAGCAAUCGCUUCUACGAUAACAUCGAAGACAUGAUUGGCUACCGGCCAUUGUCGCUCAUUAAAUGGUGCUGGAAGGUUGUGACCCCCGGAAUCUGUGCGGGCAUUUUCAUCUUUUUCCUGGUCAAGUACAAGCCUCUCAAGUACAACAACAUCUAUACCUACCCCACCUGGGGCUACAGCAUCGGCUGGCUCAUGGCCCUGUCCUCCAUGCUCUGCAUCCCACUCUGGAUCUUCAUCAAGAUGUGGAAGACAGAGGGGACGCUGCCUGAGAAAUUCCGGAAGUUGACCAUCCCCAGCGCUGAUCUGAAAAUGCGGGGCAAGCUUGGGGCAGGCCCACGGACGGUGACCGUUAAUGACUGUGACGCCAAACUCAAGGGCGAUGGGACCAUUGCAGCCAUCACAGAGAAGGAGACGCACUUCUGAGCAACACCUGCCACCUCGGAUGCCUCUCCUUCCUUCCCUCCCCCCACCUCGUGCGUGUAAAUGAAUACCUGAAACAUGUACUUCACCUAAUGAUAGAGGCUUGCUUGUUUUGCACCGGAUUUAUUAACAAGUUAAUUUUAAGGUGGCUGUGUACACUCUGGUUUAAAGUCCCAUUCCCCUCCUUGCCCCCAGUUACCAUGUAAGUAACAUUACAAAGAGAUAAUACUGUACAGGGACUAGCAGAAUCUGUGCUAGGACGGUUUUAACCCAUGUUUUCUAGGGGUUGGGGGAAGUUGUAUCAUAUGGUCAAACUUUUAUACUUGGGCUGUGGGGCAGGUGGGGUGGGAGUGAUGCCUGUUCUCUGUCAGCCUUUUAGCUGACCAGUCCCUGUCCCAUGUUUGUCCCUGACCAUUGCAGCUGCCCCUCCUCCAUGCCCCCAGGGAGGGCUUUGCCUUUGAAUCCUGCCUUUGCCAUCCCCAACCUCUUAGCAAUGUGUUUGCAGACAGCAAGGCUGUGUCAGAGAAGACAAAGUGAUCUGUCCGUCCUAAUCCCACUAAGUGACCUUGGGUGCUCCCAUCCUCUUUCUGGGCCUAAGUUUCCCCAUCUCCCAACAGGAAGGCUGGAUCAGGUGAUCUCUGAGGGUCCUUCCUUGGCCUGGCCAUGUCUCUUGGGGAUUCUCUUGGUGUUGUUCGCUGCCCAGCAGGCCUGCCCUUGACGUUGACCGUGGGUUGUUCUUGAAGGCUCCCAAGCUAUUAUCCCUGCACCCACCCCUGCUUAUAUGAAAUCAAGUUUGUCAUGGAAAUGAUGUGUUUUCCCUUAAAACCCUGGCUUGAUGCACUCUGGAGUCCGGCCAGGUCCUCAGCCUCUGUGACAGGGCUCGUCCUGUCCUGUCCAUCUGCUCUCCUUAUCAUGUCUGCCCCUCCAUCCUCAUGGGGCUGGCUGGAGUCGCCUGGAUGCUGCUUUUCGGGGUCAGGAAGCAGCUAUCUGGCCUGCCACUGCCCUAGCCAGGAUCUGUGUCUGGGACCUUCCACCAGCCUCCCAGGGGAAGGAACCCCUGGAGAGCCUGGAGCCUGGUGUUGUCCUUUGGUCCCUUCUUCAUCUCCCUGCCACCUCUUCUCUCUCUUACUGUCCCCUGCCCUCCUCUCUCUCUUGCUAUCUCUCAUCCCUCCCCAUCCUUCUUAUCACCAGCAGACCCUUUUCUCCCUACCCUUUCUUUGGGAGCCAUCCUACCUGCAUCUCUCACCAAGCAGCUGAGAAGCCUCUGCACUUAUACUGGAGGGAAAACCGGGCUCCCGCCCCUCCCUCUGUGCAGGCCUGGGGCUUUUGGGGGGGGGCGGGGACAAGGCAGGUCCUGCCUCAGACCUCUCAGCCUGAUCUCCCUCUUCUUUAAUCAGACUUCAUCAGCUCUCUGUCUUGGAUUCUGAGUUAUUUGGGGACAGGGAAGGUGCAUUCUUUCUCCUUUUCCUUUAUGUCCCCAGUUUUAUUUGGUGGAAACAAGAGCUGUCUCUAAAGUAAGGCUUUAGUUUCCUGUAGGGAACCCACAUGUUUGAUUCACCCAGAACUUUCCAAACUGACAGCUUCUCUGGUCUGACCAGCCCCCAGCUGAAGCCCGAGUUUGCUAGAAGGGAUGCCCAGUGCCCCCCAGGCAGGCUGGGAAGCCUGGUCUGGGCCCAAUUUUGCACACACUGCCCAGGCCUGCCUGGCUCUCCCUGAGCUGUCUCAUCUGGUGGACCCAGGAAGCGGACCCAGGAGGCUCGGGCCUCGUGCUGCACCUUCUGCUGUGUCUGUCCUUGUCUACUCAUCUUCCACCAGGUCCCGGGGAGGGAGACUCCCCACUGCUGCUGCUACUGGUUCUCCACCUACAGCUCUAAGGUCUCGCUAGGGGCGCACUGCAUUGUACUUGUGGCACUUAACCUUUCACUCAUCUAACAUGACUCAUGGGGCAGGGCGGAGGGAGGGCUUUUACUCUGGCUUUUGGUUUUUUGUUUUGUUUUGUUUUGUUUUUGUAAUUUCCUACUAGUAUUUGGGCAA